AUGGCUGGCUGGUACGCCCUCGGGGUCGCCUUUUUUGCGGCCAUCGGGACAUUUCUGUUUGGCUUCGAUACGGGGAUUGCGACUACGACCAUCGCCCAUCAAAGCUGGAUCGACUAUAUGGAUAACCCGUCAAAGGGUUUAACGGGUGCAGUCGUCGCGGUGUAUAUUGCCGGCGAAGCGGUCGGCGCGCUCACGCAAACCUUGAUCGCGGAUCGACUGGGCCGUCUGCGCUUCAUGGAGCUCAUGUGCGUGGUUGUCACGAUCGGGACUGUCAUUCAGACUGCCUCUGUGAAUAUCGGAAUGUUCCUCGCGGGCCGUGUGCUGGCUGGGUUCGCUGUUGGAGGCAUGGUCGCCACAGUCCCCAUCUACCUCAGCGAGAUUUCGGACCCCCGCUAUCGCGGCCUCAUCGGAGGCAUCUCCGGGUGCGGGAUCUCCUUCGGAACAAUGGCCUCCAACUGGGUCGGCUAUGCCUGCAGCUUCGCCCCGUACGGGCCUGUCCAGUGGCGUCUUCCUCUAGGUAUCCAGAUCCCCUGGGGCAUCAUCAUGUUCCUGGGCUUAAUCACCUUCAUGCCUAACUCCCCGCGCCAUCUGAUCCGGCGGGGCCUGAUCGAGCAGGCGCGCAGCGAGUUCACCCGGAUCCGGCGGGACUUGCACUCGGAUGAUGUGCAGAGGGAGUUUGCGGGGAUGUUGGCGCAGAUUGAGUAUGAGAAGGAGAGGGAGAUUACCUCGUAUCGGGAGAUUUUCCGCGUGUUUAGGCACCGGGUGCUGGUGUCGAUUGCUGUGCAGACUAUGACAAGUUUGACUGGUGUCAAUGUUAUCCAGGACGUGCAGUAUUACCAAACAAUUUUGUACAAAUCCCUCGGCAUCGACCCCCACGGGGUCCUCGCCCUGGCGGCUGUGUAUGGGACUGUCGCCUUCCUCGUGAACAGCCUCACUACCAAAUACCUAACAGACCAAUGGGGGCGUCGCAAAAUGAUCCUGUCCGGAUUAGCGGGGAUCGUGGUGGUUGAGAUCUACGCCGCCGUGAUGCAACGCGAGUUUCAACACACGGACAACCGCGUGGGCAAAGGGUUUGCCAUUUUGGGGAUUUACCUGUUUGUUGUGGCGUACUAUGGCAUGCUGAACAGCACGACCUGGCUCUAUGGAGCUGAGGUACUCCCCAUUGCGCUCCGAAGCAAAGUCAUGGGUUUGGCAGCGGCAUCUCACUUUAUAGUCAAUGUUGCCAUCACCGAAGCCGGCCCCAGUGCGUUUGCCAAUAUUCACGAAAACUACUACUACGUUUUUGUCGUUUGCUCGGCUUUCUUCCUGGUUGUGGCUUAUUUCUAUUUUCCAGAAACAAAACAAAAGACCCUAGAGGAAAUCGCCGCCUCAUUCGGGGAUAAAGUGGUGGAAUCCGACGAGACAGCGAGCCGAAUACGGGAUGACAUGGGGGGCCCAAAGCCUGGGGAGGAACGAGUGGAGGUGAUAGGUUGA